AUGAACAUUUUGGUCACUUUUCUUCUCUUUCUUUUGCCAUUUCUCUUUCUGUUAAGCUGGAGAAGAAGAGGAUCAUCAAGAAAAAUACCUCCGGGAUCAUUGGGAAUACCCAUAAUAGGCCACAUCAUCAGCAUGCUCCAAGCCAUGAGGACAAACACAGAAUAAUGGCUCCGAGAAAGGGUGAGGAAGUAUGGACCAAUCUCGAAGCUCACUCCCUUCGGCAAACCGACAGUGUUCAUUCACGGACCCACAGCAAACAAGUUUAUAUUCUAUGGAGAGAGCAACAUGCUUGCCAACAAGCAGCCAUCAUCCUUCUAUGCGAUUUUGGGAGACUGCAGUCUGUUUGAACUCAGUGGCCAAGAUCAUAGAUGUAACAUUAGAGAGUCUCUCAUGUCAUUAUUGAGACUAGAAUCGCUGAAGCAGUACAUGGGAAAAAUAGAUGAAGAAGUCAGGAAGCACAUCGAGUUGCACUAGCAAGGAAAGGAAAAAGUUGCAGCAUUGCCCCCGAUGAAAAUUCUUACAUUUAACAUCAUAUGCGUUCUCCUCUUUGGUAUGGAGUAAGGAGCUGAAAGAGAGAAAUUCUUGGAAAACUUUCGAAUGGUAGAGGGAAUGUGGUCCAUACCAGUGAACCUGCCAUUCACACACUACAAUCGGAGCCUCCGUGCAAGCUCCAAGGUCCAAGAUAUGUUGAAGGAACUUGUACAAGAGAAGAAAGUGAAACUAGUGUAGCACACUGCAAGCCCCCAUCAAGACUUAAUCAUGUGCUUCUUAAGUAAGCAAAAUGAAGAAAAUGAAUGAGUUGUCAUUGACAAGGAAAUUCUGCACAAUAUCACACUUGUCAUGAUUGCUGGACAUGAUACCUCAUCCAUACUUAUAACUUUUGUGUUGCGUCUUCUAUAUAAGAAUCCUGCUGUUUAUAAAGCAGUUCUUCAAGAACAAGAAGAGAUAGCAAGAAGUAAGACUUCAAGAGAAUCUUUAACUUGGGAAGACCUUGCCGGGAUGAAGUACACAUGGAGAGUAGCGAUGGAAACUCCAAGGAUGGUUCCGCCUGUUUUUGGUGGCUUCAGGUUAGCUUUAAGGGAUAUUGACUAUGGUGGGUACCACAUUCCUAAAGACUGGUAGGUCUUUUGGGCAUUGAACAUGACACACAUGGAUGAGAGCAUAUUCCCGGAGCCAUCAAAGUUUGAUCCUGCUAGAUUUGAAGACUAGAAGUCAAUACCGCCCUACAGCUUUAUUCCUUUUGGAGGAGGGUCUCGUUUAUGCCCAGGAAACGAAUUUGCGAGGAUCGAAACCCUUGUUGAAAUCCAUUAUCUAGUCACUCAGUACUGGGAGUUAUGUUAAGAUGAUCAUUACAUUAGGGACCCCUUGCCAAUUCCAACUCGAGGAUUAUUGCUCUGGAUUGUGCCAAAGAUAUAG